AUGGAUACAAAAAAAAAAACUGUGAUUGAUAACGCUAGUGAUAUAUAUAAAGAGCUUAAAGAACUUAAAAAUAAAAAUGAAAAAUUAAAAGGUGUAAACGAGCAAUUAAUAGCUGAUAAUAAGAAUUUAAAGGCUACAAAUGAGAUUCUAAGAAAAGAAGCUUCGACAUAUCAAUCAGCUUUAGGGGAUGCAUUAAAUUUCCGUUUGAGUGAUGAAGAUAAUAAUAAUUCGGUCCAACUUUCGGCAGAUAUAAAUCUUUUACAGGACAGACUUGAGAAAUACGUUACUACUUUAAAAGGUCCCUCUAUAGACCUUGAAAUUAAAGCAAUUCAAGAACUAUAUAGAAAAUAUCAAUUAGAUACUCAACGUAUAAAGGAUAAAAUUCUAAUGAAAUCAGUUUUACAACGUUACGUAUUAGAAAAGGUUCUAGAAUUGGUAGAUGGUUAUUUUAAAAUUGAAAAUAAUAACAAAAUAGAAGAAAUAGAAGAUUCGUAUAAUCAAGAAAAAUAUAUAAUGAAUCAUACAGAUCAGCUGAUAAAUUUCUUUGAUAAAUUUUAUACUCACCAUUCAAAACAUAUUAAUAAUGUGACCAAGGCUGUUCCAACAAAAAUACGUCAACAAGUGUAUGGUGUCUUGGGUGAAUUUGGAUUUUCUGAAAUUUAUGAAAAAGAAAAUGAACAAUAUAUCCAUCCAUUUAUAACAUUCACAGCACAAGAACUCAAUCAGUUAAUGUCAGGAUAUCGUUACAUUAAAGAUGGAAAUAAAAGAAAGGUUGCAGAAGAUAUGGCAAAAGAUCUUAUCAAAGAUAUUAUCAAUAUAUUUAAAUUUCGUUUGAUGGUUCAAGAGCCACCAUGUGAAAUACAUUGGUUUAAACAUAAUGACAAAAUAGAACCAAAAUUCAUGAAGGGACAAUGGGAUGAUGAUUGUUGGGAUGAUUAUGUUGUGGAUAUUUGCUAUUUCCCUUUGAUUGGAAUAGAAUUCGGUGAUGAUUUUAGUAAAUGCAAAGUGUGCACUCAUGCAAGAGUUUUCCCUCGAAAUAUUAAAGAUGAUAUAGAGGAAAUAUUAUCAGAAAAUAAAAUAAAAGAAAGUCCAUUCAACAAUAACGGUGGUUCUCCAUUUAAAAAAAAUUUAACUGGGGCCAUAAGAAAUGGAAUCACGUCUAAAAAUAAUGAUGAAAUUAAAAGAGAUUCAAUUGAAAAUAAAGGAGAAUGA